AUGCCUGCGAAUGUUGGCAUUGUGCCCCCUCCACCGGGAGUGGUGGCUGACUUUGAUUACUCGAAUCCAUGGCUAUACACGACGAACAUGUCGCUGAUUGGUGUCGGGCUGGCCAUGAGUUUCAUAUGUCUCGUUCUUCGUGUAUAUACCAAGACGAAAAUCAUGAACAUAUUUGGUUGGGAAGACAAUAACUACCACUAUAGCGGGGUGGGAAUCCAUACAUGGAAUGUCACUGCAGAGAUGUUCUCCGCAUACCAGAAGUGCACACUCGCCGCCGCCGUCAUAUACGUCCCUGCCCUCGCCUUCGCCAAGAUCAGUCUCAUCUUCCUCUAUCGUCGCAUCAUGGAGAAGCAACCGGCUUAUAGAUGGGCGCUACGAAUUAUAACGGGUGUCGUGAUCGGUUACAGCAUUGCCAUCCCAUUCGCCUUGAUCUUCGGGUGCAAUCCUAUCGCAAAGACCUGGGAUUCAAGUAUCACCGAGGGAAGUUGUAUCAGCAGUCCGGGAUUGUAUAUCGCUACCGCAGUGACCAACAUCGUGACUGAUUUGGCAUUGAUCUUGCUACCGAUCCCGCUGGUUCUGGGACUCCAGAUGCCCGCAAUCCAAAAGUUCUACUUGCUCAUCGUCUUCCUGAUCGGUUGCGCUACCGUUGUGACUAGUAUCCUCCGUCUCGCAACCCUAGUCCCCUUCCUCUCCGUGACGGAUUUCACGUACGAAUUGGCCUGGCCCCAGCUCUGGUGUAACGUGGAAGCAAACCUCAUUGUGAUCUGUCCCUGUCUGCCAAACAUGCGACAGUUCAUUCGACACCACUUCCCCGGCUGGAUGGGCGAGUCGACCAACGCACGCGGGUAUUACACGCCCAACUCGGCCAGUGUAUCCCGCAGCCGGUUCAAGUCUGGCACGUCUCGGGCUCCGGAUGAGAUCAGGCUCACAGAACAGGGUGGUAGUACGCAUAGCCGGUCUCACAUUGUCAAGGAGGUUGAAUGGAACGUGACGGAGGAGCGGACGGAAGAAGACCAUGGGGCUGUUACCAACCAUUCCCAUACUAAGUCGUUCCAGUAUGAAAGCUGA